AUGCGCAUUCUGGACUGGCUGAUACCCAUCCUGACAAUCAUUGGGUUGUAUUGGUUCUCUGCCUCGUUUUUUCUUGCCAAACGAAGUCUACCACAUUCCGCCAGUUGUGACGAAGCCCACUCUUUGUUGACUGAGGUUCUCAAGCUGGAACCUUCCGAAGUAUCACUAAUAUUGGGAGAGGAUUAUGACAAUAAGGAUGCUGCUGCAAGUGGAAGUCUUCGAGAUGGAUGUUGGUUGCCUCGCAAAGUAGAUUCGGUGGUGAUUCUCGUCGUAGAUGCCAUGAGAUUCGACUUUUCUCAAUACAGUUUGCCCAAGUCUGUUGGUGCCCGCAUUGACAAGCACCAGACUCCUUCAUCACAACUGUUGCAGUUUGUCGCAGAUCCACCCACAGUUACCAUGCAACGUCUGAAAGGUCUGACUACGGGAAGUUUGCCGACCUUUGCUGACAUUUCUGGAAAUAUGGGUGGAUCGACCAUGGACGAAGAUUCGUGGGUCCAACAACUCAAGAAUACUGAUUACAAACAUCGUGGAUUGCAAUAUCCAUCCAAACUAGGCUUUGUCGGUGACGAUACUUGGAUAGACUUAUUUCCAGUUCUCUUUGAUGAGAGUCAUCCAUAUCCUUCCUUCAAUACUCGCGACUUGGAUACAGUGGACAAUGGUUGCCUCAAAGAGCUUCCCAACUUGAUGAAGCACGUCCGUCGCAAGAACUCGCAUUCACUAGAAGACUUGGAAUUGGUAGUCUCGCACUUUUUGGGAGUGGAUCACGUAGGGCAUACCUACGGACCCUUCAAUGAACACAUGGAUGCAAAAUACCGACAAAUGGAUGAAGCUAUCAGUACUACUUUGGAUUUGCUUGAUGAAGAAGACCAAGAAGAAGAAAUAGGAUCCAAGAGCUGUCACUUGGCGCUGGUCUUCGGAGAUCAUGGAAUGACGAACGAUGGAAAUCAUGGUGGUGGUACUGACGAGGAAAUCAAUGCAGCCCUCUUUGUCCACUUUUCCAAGGGCUGUCAUCUAGACGAUAUGAAUAGAACAAUGCCACUGGAAAAGGCUGCCGAAAUUAUGGGCAGUACCUAUGUACAAGACAAGUUUCAGUCUAUGAAUCAAAUCGAUCUGGUCCCUACGAUUUCCAUUCUUUUAGGAUUACCGAUUCCCUAUCAGAAUCUGGGUGGGAUUGUUCCAUCAUUGCUGGCUGCGCACGAUAUUCGUGAAACCGCUGCCGCCUUGGCCCUCAAUGCGGCUCAAGUAUGGAGAUACUUUACCAUUUACUCGCAGACGGCAAACAGAUUGCCGAAUUUGCCAGAGCUGGAAGAACAGCUCAAGGAUGCAGUCUCCACCUACCGUGAGGCCUUACAACACAAUGAAGAUGGCCAGGAUUCCAACGCCUUUUACACGGCUUGCGGACUCUUUAAGUUAUUUUUGGUGGAGGCAUCGGAACUUGGACAUCGGGUCUGGACGCGAUUCGAUACGUUGGGAAUGACUGGUGGUGGACUGAUAUUGGCCUUUGUGGUUCUAGCUACCCUCUUGCCGCUGCUGUUCCUGGGCAAAUCCUUUCUGAAAGAACAGAACCAGCAAAUUUGCAACAGUCGGGGCGUUUUGGAGAACAUCCUUGCUCUGACUUUCGUCGUCUUUCAUUGCGGAAUGCUGUCUUUCAGCAACAGCUAUAUUGACGCCGAACAACGCAUUGUCAUGUUCAUGAUGACAAUCCUUGGGGGAGUGAUAUUUGUCCGAUUGAACUCGACAGUCGCGGGAGGAAAUUCGAGACUCCUACCGUAUGUUCCAGUACUACUGCCGAUUCUUUCCAGAAUAUCAGAAAUCUUUGUAUCUGGACAUGGUCUAGAUCCGUCCAUUCGACUUUACGCGGCACACAGCCAAUGGCUCUUUCUCCCAUCCUUGGCGUUGUUGUUUGCGAUUCGGACCCAAGUCUUUGAAAAGAUUGAUCGACACCAUCCCGUCAAUACCGGUGGCAGCAUCAUUGGUAGCUCGACGUUGCAUGCUGGAAUCGACUGUCUAAGCUUGGUCCUCCUGGCAUUCAGUUGGAUCGAAAAGAGAAACCCGGACCCAAGUAGAAAUGGAUAUUGGUCAGCAAGGGGGGUGAUUGGACUGCUGAUUUUUUCCAUUGUGCUCUCGAUAUUAAAUGCUUUCUCUACUUCCAGUAGAGAUCUACAAAGCGACGAGACAUCCGAAAACACUUCGCUCUCUUGUGCUCGUACUUCGGUGGCAAAGGCCUUAUCCAUGAUCUCCAGACUAUUGAUUGCAAUCAUGUUGGUCACAGGUCCAGCUACAUCCUGCACUGUUUUGAUUGCAUGUCUUCAAGGAUGGAUGCUAUUUAAUUUGGCUGGAGCCACUGGGUUUUAUCAGGUUUCGGUACCAGUGCAAGCAUUGCUUUGGCGUCUGGUCGUUCGACACGUAUUCUUCGCUACGAAUCAUGGAUGCGCUUUCAACAUGCUGCAAUAUUCAGCAGCAUUUGUUGCCACCAUCGAAUUUGACUUUGUCUUUGCAGGGUCCCAAUUGUUCAUGAAUACUUUUGGCUGGGAAAUUGUUGGAAUAUCGGCAGUUUGCCUAACUACAUUUUUUACUAGGAAACCACUAUGGAAGUGGUACUGCUUCUACCAAAUCCUUGAGGGCUUUUUGAAUUGUAUAUCGGUUUCCAUUCUGCGGCGGCACCUCAUGGUGUGGGCGACAUAUGCCCCGAGAUUCAUAUUUUCUGCAAUUUUUCUGGUUUUGAACAGCAUGGGACAACUGACCUAUAAUUUCCUGGUAAUGACAGCUGCUUGA